UCACAAUUAUUUAUUCAAUUCCUCCCUCCACUUCAGUACAUUUCUUUUUAUUCAAUAAAUUCUUAUCACAAAUAUUUUAAUGAUUUUCUCUUUACUUUUCAAACGGAAAACACAUUGUUUAUGUGUGAAUGGAGCGACCUGUUAUUAAUGGGCCCACCAAAAAUAUAUACUAAAAAUUAAUUAAGCAUGCCACGUUCAGGCAGCCCAUUCUUCUCCUAUUUUUUAAUUAUUUUUCUCAAUUUAAGUUUUUAAAUUCUUCUCAUUUUAAUUAAAAAUAAAAAUGGAUAGAGCAUCUAAAAUGUCUCUUUUGGAGUUAUAUCGUCCAGAGCCGUCAACAAUUAAAACAAAAGGACAUACAUUGCUUAAAGAUGCGUCUGUUAAUAAGGGUUUGUCUUUUACAUUAUCUGAACGUGUUUAUUUGGGACUUGAUGGUCUAAUGCCUCAAACUUGCAUAACACAAUCAAAACAAUGCUCCUCUUCAAUGAAAAAAUUGAGGGCACAACCAGAUGAUAUGGCUAAAUUUAUUUUUUUGGAGGCAUUAAAGGAGAGAGAUGAGAAACUUUUCUAUCGACUUAUGCGUGAAUAUCCCGAUGAACUUUUGCCUAUCGUUUAUACUCCGACAGUUGGAGAUGCUUGUCUUCAAUUUGAAUAUAGAUAUCCAAAAGCAUUAUUUAUCAGCAUUAAAGACAACAAUAUAAGCAAAAUUUAUCAAAUUCUGAGUAACUGGAAAUAUCAAGAUGUUAGAGCAAUUGUUGUAACUGAUGGAGAACGUAUUUUGGGACUUGGAGAUUUGGGAAUUCAAGGUAUUGAAAUUCCUGUUGGCAAACUAGCUCUUUAUGUGGCCCUUGGAGGAGUUCAGCCUCGGUGGUGUUUGCCUAUACAAUUGGAUGUUGGAACAGAUAACGAAGAGUUUUUGUCUAAUCCGGAUUAUGUUGGACUUAAACAAAAACGAGUACGUGGAGCCGAAUAUGAAAAUUUUAUUGAUAAUUUUAUGAAAGCUUGUCGAAAACAUUUUGGUCAGAAUGUUUUAAUUCAAUUUGAGGAUUUUGGAAAGAAUACUGCCUACAAACUUUUGGAACGUUUUAGAAAUAAUUAUUGCACAUUUAAUGAUGAUAUUCAAGGAACAGCUUCAGUUUCCGUUGCUGGUUUAAUUGCUGCUGCCAGAAUAACUGGCCAAAAAAUUUCUGAUAUGAAAUUUCUUUUUCACGGGGCAGGUACAGCAGCUGUUGGCUGUGCUGAACUUUUGGUAGAAAAAAUGUAUUGUGAAGGCCUUUCAAAAGAAAAGGCUAGAGAAAGAAUUUUUCUUGUAAAAACAGAUGGAUUAAUUAUUAAAAAGAGACAAACACUUUCUGAACAACAAGUCCCUUUUGCUAAGGAUGGACCUGAUCUUAAAGAUUUGUAUGAAAUUGUUAAAGCAAUUAAACCAACAGCAAUUAUUGGAGUAUCCACAAUUCGUGGGGCUUUUACAGAACAAAUUAUUCGAGAAAUGUCUACAUUCAAUAAACACCCAGUAAUUUUUGCCCUUUCAAAUCCAACAAGUAAAUCUGAAUGUACAGCUAUUGAAGCAUAUAAUGAAACUAAUGGCUCUGCCCUUUUUGCUUCUGGAAGUCCAUUUCCUCCUGUUCAAUUAAGUGAUGGACGAAAUUUUAGAUCAGGCCAAUGCAACAAUGCUUAUAUAUUUCCUGGUGUUGCUUUGGGAAUUGUUUUGUUUAAAGUGGCUAAUAUACCUGAUAAAUUAUUUUUAAUUGCUGCUUUGAAAUUAGCAGAAUGUGUUUCUGAUGAAGAAUUAUCGGUUGGUUGUCUGUAUCCCGAUCUCAAAAAAGUUCCCGAAAUUUCAAUAAAAAUUGCUGUGGCAAUUGGAGAAGAAUGUUAUAAAGAUGGAAGUGCUAAACUUUAUCCAGAGCCUGAAGAUAAAGAAUUGUUUGUUCGUGCUCAAGUUUAUAAUACAGAUUAUGAGGAAUUUUUGCCUUUAGAAUUGGCUAAGUUUGAUUUGAAUAAAAUUAAGAAUUAA